AAGAAUCAAUAUUAUUUUAUCGUUUCUUUCGUCGAAUCCAAGUGUUGCUUGAUCGACACUUUGCAAAGUACAUGGAGGCGUACAGAUUGUUGGUUUUUCUCUGGGUGUUUUUGGUUGCCAUCGAAACAGCACCAACGGCGUCUAAAGCUUGCUACGAUGUGCUGGGACGGGACUGUUUCCGGUACAAGGACACAGACUGUGUGGGACCGUUUGAGACCUGGGCUAGAAAGAACUGUAGUUUGAGGUGUGGAUACUGCCCUCAGAAACUUCCGUGUGUGGACAAUUUAGAUUACUGUAAUGAGUUUGGUAAGGAGGUUUGUGAUCAAGAGCAAUAUGGCCAAUACAUGAGAGAACAUUGCAGGAAAUUCUGUAACUUCUGCAGAGCCCCUACAGAAUACCUGGUCUCUAGUACACUGCCGACAACCACCCCAGAACCUACAACAACGACAACGGCGUUUAACUCAGUGUCUACGUGGUGUAGAGACAACUCGACGCUGAACUGCUGGCACUACCCUGACGAUAAGUGUGUAGGAGUUUACGAGGGUUGGGCCAGAGUCUACUGUCCUUAUAGAUGUGGAUACUGUCCAAAUUUACUGCCUCCCUGCCAAGACUGGGAUGUAAACUGCAAAGCGUACGUGGAUGGAUCGUGUACAAAUACGAAUUACCGCGCCUAUAUGAGAGAUCGCUGCAGGAAACAUUGUAAUGAGUGCAACUAUCCGGGACAAUACUUGAUGCCAAACACUCCACCCAGCACACAGUACUUCACUGUAAACACCGUGGCAGCCAAUGGAGUUUCUAAAUCUACUUCUACAUCCCCGCGAGUGUCUAAGUCAACAUCGACAUCUCCGCCCGUUUCUACUGAUCAUCUUGUCUUCAUCACACUUACAACAUUAACUACAGGUUUAGCAUGCCCAGAAUGUGACACAAACCUCAACUGUGUUUGGAAUCGGACCUGCUCAUCUGGAGACGUUUGCAUGCUGCUUCAAUAUCACAACGACCCACUCACAGUGCAUUGUUCUAAGAAACAAGACUGCAUUUUUAUGAAGACAAAUAUGCACGACGCGGUGAUCAAAUGUUGCGAGGAUCGUCAAUGUGUACAUAAUUUUAUACCAUAGAAAAACAAUUACAAUAAAAUAAUUGAAAACUAUCA